AUGUCUAUGGCUCGACUCUCCACCGAGGACAACGAUCGGGAAUUCAAAAGGUCUAAGAAGGGAGCCUUAUCUGUGCUAGGAUUCUCAGACAAGGAUAAGAUUGGAACUAUCCAACCCCACGAUGAUACUCUGAGGGGGCUGAACCUAAAGCCUGAAGACCUAACGGCGUAUGAUUCCCCUUUGGUGAGUUUCGAAGGGAAAACUGUUACCACCAAAGGGACAGAUCAGAUUGCUCAUAUAGAUUGGUUCAGUCGUGGUCGAGGUGGACUUCAUUGUGGUCAACGCCUAUUCGCCCUACAUAGCCAUAGUGGCCAGACCUUGGCUCCACGCCCUAGGAGCCGUUUCUUCUACACUUCACAAAAGGUGAAAUACCUGUUGGAGGGCCGAGUGGAGGAGAUUCAAUCAACCACCUCGGCAAUACCUGUUGAUGAGCCAGCUGAAGAGGUGAAAUGCAAAAUUCUAGAAAGGGUUAUUGUUGACGACGAUCCAGAGAAAUUCUUUCAAGUUGGCUCAGAACUGCCCCUCCGAGAGAAAGAAGAGUUGAUUGGGUUUCUUAGAGAAAAUGUUGACGUGUUUGCAUGGGACGCCUACGAGGCCCCAAGGGUUGAUCCGAGUUUCAUUUGCCACUACCUAAACGUUAACCCAUCCUCCAUUCCCAAAAAGCAACCACCCCGACACCUGUCAAAAGAGCAUGCCAACGCUGUUAGAGACGAAGUAACAAAGCUAAAAAAGGCAGGGGCUAUCAAAGAAGUCUUCUACCCCGAAUGGUUGGCGAAUACAGUGGUGGAUUAUCAUCAAAUACCACUAGCCCCGGGAGAUCAAGAGAAAACAGCAUUCAUGACUCCUAUCGGAAACUACCAUUACAAAGUGAUACCUUUCGGUUUGAAGAAUGCAGGGUCUACCUACCAAAGGAUGAUAACUAGAAUGUUUGAACUGCAACUGGGCAAGAGUGUUGAAGUCUACAUAGACGACAUGGUAAUAAAGAGUAAAGUGGUAUCCAAGCAUGUGAGAGAUCACAGAGUCAUUUUUGGCAUCUUAAGAAAACACAAAUUGCGUUUCAAUGCCUCUAAGUGCUCAUUCAGUGUCGGGUCUGGCAAAUUUUUGGGCUAUAUGGUAACUCACAGGGGAAUUGAGCAACUUAAAGAGUACCUGUCAUGGCCACCCAUCAUGUCUAGCCCUGAGGCCGACGAAGUUCUGUUCGCCUACAUCGUGGUGGCCCCUCACGCUGUGAGCUUGGUGUUAAUACAGAUCGACGAUGGCAUACAACAGCCAGUUUACUAUGUGAGUAAAUCGUUACAUGAGGCCGAGGUGCGUUACUUACCAUUGGAGAAGGCGAUUUUGGUAGUAGUGCAUACUACACAGAAACUCCCUCACUAUUUCCAAGCACACACAGUCGUUGUUCUAACUCAGCUUCCUCUCAGGAGUGUACUCCGGAGUGCCGAUUACACAGGAAGAAUUGCCAUGUGGAGCACGCUUCUAGGGGCUUUCGAUAUUAAAUACAUGCCUCGGACCUCUGUCAAGGGCCAAGUUCUCGCUGAUUUAAUAGCCGAAUUUGCUGAACCCCUAAUAGAAGCAAUAGCAAAGAAGGAAAAUAUGGAUGGAAAAUCGGUUGGCACAAUCUUUGCCCAAAGAGCCUCACGUUGGAAAGUGUAUGUUGAUGGCGCGGCAAACCAAAGGAGAUUCGGCGUAGGGCUGGUUCUAAUAUCCCCUGAGAAGAUUACCAUAGAAAAGUCAUUGAGACUAGGAUUCUCGGCUACAAACAAUGAAGCCGAAUAUGAAACUCUAUUACAAGGAAUGGCCAUGGUGUAG